AUGGGUGGUGGACAGGAGAUCCCUCACAGACAUGCCUCAACUCAACCACCCGUAUCAGAGCCACAAUGGAACAGAGGACUCUGGGGUCUCGUCGACAUGGGAAGUAAUGGUAUUCGCCUUUCGAUAACAGACCAAAGCGCGCCCACAACUCGUGUUCUACCUACUGUCUACGCAUACCGCAACAAGAUCUCUCUCUACGAAGCUCAGUAUGACGAAGAUGGAAACAAAGUUCCCAUCUCUGCUGCCGUGAUGGAUGAUGUUGUCUCCAUGCUCCUCAGGUUCCAGAUCUUCUGUGCAGAUUUCAGGGUCCCGCCCGAGCAGAUUGAGAUUGUUGCUACCGAGGCCACCAGAGCUGCUAUUAACUCAAAAGAGUUUUGUGAANAAAUCAGAAAGGAGACCGGCAUCAAGAUGACUCUACUUUCCAAAGAGGAUGAAGGUAGAAUUGGUGCUUACGGUGUUGCUAGCUCAUUUUCUGCUGUCCGUGGCUUGGUCAUGGAUAUGGGAGGCGGCAGUACGCAGAUUACUUGGAUGAUCGCCAAGGAAGGCGAGACAAAGAUUAGCCCUGUCAGUGCGGUGAGUUUCCCCUACGGUGCCGCUGCUCUGACUAGAAGACUUGAAGAGUUGAAGAAGGGAAAGAGUAAGCAUGAGGCGCAUAAAGCUCGUGAAGAGUUUCGUGCUCAAGUCAAGGCACAAUUUCAGGAGGCGUAUAGCAAGAUUCAGGUUCCACAUGAACUUGUUAAGGAUGCCACAAAGAACGGAGGCUUCAGACUUUACCUGACUGGUGGAGGGUUCCGUGGUUGGGGCUACCUCUUGCUUCACCAUGAACAGGUGGCUGGUGGUGGCUAUCCCUUCUCUAUUAUCAACGGAUUUACAGCACAAAAGGACGAAUUUGAGGACACCGAAAAGAUGAAGCAAAUCGCCGAGGAGGCCAAAGAGAUUUUUCGCGUGUCCGAUCGUCGUCGGGCUCAGGUACCUGCUGUCUCCUUCUUGGUCAGCAUUCUUGCCGAAGCAAUUCCUCACGGCAUUCGCGAAGCCCACUUCUGUCAAGGAGGUGUCCGCGAAGGUGUCCUCUACAAUCGUCUCCACCCCGAGAUCCGCGCUCAGGAUCCUUUGGAAGUAGCGACCCGCGACAUGGCAAAACCCAUCUCACCAAAACUCGCCGCUCUGGUCACACAAUCCCUUCCCGCUCUCACAGAAGGACAUAACGGCGUCCCCGAGUCGAUUGAUGUACACAUGAUCAGGGCAUUCGCAAACAUGUUUUACUUCCACGCCAACAUGAACAAGGAAGUCUCUUCUACAUCUGCAUUGUACAGCACAGGUACUGGCAUCUUAUGUUCGACACAUGGAUCUUCGCAUGCAGAUAGAGCCUUACUGGCCCUCAUGCUCGAAGCUCGCUACGAAGGCGAGCUUGCUCCCCGCGAAGCCGACUACCGUGAUCAGCUUAUUCGCCUGGUGUCAAAUGAAGAAGCAUGGUGGACGCAAUAUAUCGGUGUGAUUGGGCUUAUCUUAUCUCGCGCUUUCCCCGCCGGUGUCAUCCAAGACGACUUGUAUGAUGCUGCUCACAAGACCAUCCUCAAGAAGCCCGAGAUACGCAUCUCGUCUGAAUAUGUUCAUACACUGGGCAAGAAGCGCAACAAGGAGGGAUUGAUGGUUACAUUCACAUUGGUCUGGGCAACAGAGAAUAGAGAUGAUCCUAUGGAGGUCAAGGAGACAUUGGGGAGACAUCUGAAAAAUCUUGUAAAGGUUGGCAAGAAGAAGCAUGCAAUCAAUGGAUGGAGGAUCAAGAUCGGAGCCCAGGUCAAGGAUGAUUAUCCAAACGAUCUGCAGAGAUCAUGA